AUGGGCUCAAUGACGAUCGUUUGCGAGUCCUGUUCAGCUUUGCAUUGGAUUGAUGAGCGAAUUGCAGCAAGUUCAAAGAUAAAGCCACGCUUUGAAAUCUGUUGUAAAAAGGGAGAUAUUCAGCUGUUACCUUUGCAAGCACCACCUCCGUACUUACAAUAUCUUUUGCAGUCUCCUGAUCCGGUUGCAAGAAGAUUUCGGACCAGUAUUCGUGAAUACAAUUCUGCACUCACGUUUACAUCGGUAAAAUAUACUGCUGAUCAACGGGCUCCAGCGCAAAGUGGUGGUUUGCAAUGUUUUCAAAUCCAUGGAGAGCUUUACCAUAUACAAGGACCAUGCAUCAGCAAACUCUGCUAUUCCUCAGGGCGCAGCGCCUACGCCCUGGGCGCCAGGCACGCCAGGCGCCGCCAGGGCAGAGUGCUCGCGCCAGGCGUCGCCACAGCAGGGUGCUCGCGCCAGGCGUCGCCACAGCAGGGUGCUCGCGCCAGGCGUCGCCACAGCAGGGUGCUCGCGCCAGGCGUCGCCACAGCAGGGUGCUCGCGCCAGGCGUCGCCACAGCAGGGUGCUCGCGCCAGGCGUCGCCACAGCAGGGUGCUCGCGCCAGGCGAUCCUAGCAUCCGCGCCCGACGCCCCCAGAGCAGUAUGUUCUCUGUCUGGCAGCACCAGGGCGCAUAA